AUGGCCCAGCUCCGCCUCACCGACUUCUUCGGCCAGACCAAAGGGACCACCGGAGCCCCGGCCAAGCGCAGCGGCGGCCGCCCGCUCAAGGCCGCCCUCGCCGGUGCCCCGGUGCACCGGGAGGAGGAGGAUGGCGUCCCGGCGGGGCUCAGCGGGCCCUCGCUGCCGCUGCCCGGCUCGCCGCGCACCCCGGCCCGCGGGGGCUCCCCGGCGCUGCGGGGCCUGGCGGGCAGGAAACGGAACCGGCGGGAGAUGGAAGCGGGGUCGCCGCUCGGGGCCCGGUUCGGGGAACCCAGCGGGAAGUCGGCGCGGAAGAGGCUGGAGCUGCCCCGGGACGCGGAGCCGGGGUCUCCGGGAGCGGCCACCAGCUCCUCGCCUCUGGCCACUCCUCGAGCCCCGACACCGCUGUCACAGGACCCGGCCGUGUCCCCCCCGGCCAGCACCAGCGGCUCCCCGGGCCGUGGGCAGGACACGGGGACAGAGCCCAGCCCAGGAUCCCCGGGACCGGCCCGGCGCCUGCAGCGGGAGGACGUGGCCGAGCUGCAGGGCCGCCUGCAGAGGAUGAAGGAGAUGAAGGUGCCGGGCCAGGUCCCCUCUGUCCCCAGCGGGACCAGCAGUGACCUGAGGGGCCGCCUGGAGCGGGUGCGGCAGCUGGAGCAGCGCGUCCGGCAGAGGAGAGCGGCCACCGGGGCUGGGGACACCAAGGACACCGGGGCUGGGGACACCAAGGACACCGGGGUGGCAGCUCCAGAGGGAGAGACCAGGCAGAAGCCCCCGGCGUACCAGCGGUUCCACACGCUGGCCCAGGAGCUGCCCCCGGGGCUGACGCUGCCCUACAAGUUCCGCGUGCUGGCAGAGAUGUUCCGCAGCGUGGACACCAUCGCCGGGAUGCUCUUCAACCGCGCCGAGACCGUCACCUUCGCCAAGGUCAAGCAGGGCGUGCAGGACAUGAUGCGCAGGCAGUUUGAAGAGCAGCACCUGGGGCAGAUCAAGGCUGUGUAUCCCAGCUCGUACCGGCUGCGCCAGGAGAAGAACGUCCCCACCUUCGGCAGCGGUGGGAAGAAGAAGUCUGAGUAUCAGCUCACGCUGGAGCCCGUCCUGGGGGAAGAGGAGAAGGUGGAUGGGCGCCCGCACCUGUCGGCGUCGCGGCUGCUGGAGCGCAGGAGGGAAUUCCACCGCAACCUGGUCAACAUCGUCAGGGAGCACCACAAGGCAUUCCUGGCUGCCCUCAGCCCUCCCAUGGUGGUGCCAGAGGAGAAGCUGACCCGGUGGCAUCCCCGCUUCAACGUGGACGAGGUGCCGGACAUCAGCCCCGCGGAGCUGCCGCGGCCGCCGCAGGAGGAGAGGCUGAGCACGGCCCAGGAGGUGCUGAGCACGGCCCGGGGCAUGCUGAGCCCCAAGAUGGAAAAAGCUCUUGCCAACCUGGCCCUCAGAACGGCCGAAUCCAGCGCGGGGGAGCCGGCACUUUCCAAAGCCCCAACCCCUGCCAGCACCUCCAGCGCGCUCAGAGGGGUGUCCCAGGGGCUGCUGGAGCGGGUGCGGGCCAAGGAGGCGGCGCGGCUGGCGGCGCUGCUGACGCGGGACGCGGCGCAGGAGCAGCGGGCGGCGCGGCUGGCGCGGCUGCCGGCCCUGGCGCGCCUCCUGCGCGGCGCCUUCGUGGCCGAGAAGAAGGCGGCGCUCAGCAUGGAGCUGCUCUGCGCCCGCCUGGCCGACAGCUGCCCCGAGCUGGUGGCACCAGGUGAGAUGGAGAAACACGUGCGGCUCUUCGCGGAGCUCCUGCCAGACUGGGUGGGCAUCCACAACCUCAGGACGGACGUCUACGUCAAGCUGGACAAAGAGAAGGACCUGGGCCUCGUCACUGAGAGGCUCAACAAGGCGGCCAAGGAGGCUGGAGCUCUCUGA